ACUCAGCCUGGCAUCGGGAAGUGAAUUGCAGUCGCUGCAGUGACUCUGUUACGGUGCAACCCGCCUUCCUUGCAAGACCCCAGGGCGUCGGCUGCUGCCGCUGGGGACCCCAGAGUCCUGGCUGCGGGCGGGGGAGGUUUCCUAUCGAGGGAGGGACAUUCCCGCUGCUCCUCGAGAGACUGUCCCAGAGCAGAGACCCCGGCCUGUCCCGACCCCCCUACUGCGACCCAGAGCCCUGCUCCCAGGCAGUGCCCCACGUGGAGAGAAGAUGCCGGUGACUUUCGAGGAGGUGGCUGUGUACUUCACGGAGGGGCAGGGGGCUCUGCUGGACCCCAGUCAGAGAGCCCUCUACAGGGACGUCAUGCAGGAGAAUUAUGAGAAUGUGACCUCACUGGGACUCCCCAUUCCCAAACCUGACCUGAUCGCCCAGCUGGAAGCAGGGGAAGAGCCAUGGGUCCCAGAUCUCCAAGCUUCUGAGGAAAGGAAGAUCCCAAGAGACACCCACACAGCAGGUGACAAGACAGUGAAUAAGAACAAGGAGGGGAAUCCACAGGAGGGGAAUCCUGAGCAAGUGGAAAUGCAGUGGACCAUUUUGAGAUCUGACAGUAAUUUUUCCCAGUCCUCGGAACAGAGAACAGCCUGGAGUAAUUGGCACAGGUCAGAGAGAAAGCUCGGAAACAGCCCAAGGAAGAAAGUGGAUAAAUCCAUUGAAUGUGGGAGAGAAGGCAAUGGUCCCAAGGAAACCACAGCACUGCAGACAAAUCACAAAAAAAAGAGAUCCUAUAAAUGCUUGGACUGUGGGAAAAGCUUCACUCGGCUGUCUGGCUUUAUAAAGCAUGGGAGAAUCCACACAGGAGAAAGACCCUAUGAAUGCUUGAAGUGUAGGAAAACUUUUAGUCAGCACUCAGGCCUUGUUAGUCAUGGGAGAAUCCACACAGGAGAGCGACCCUAUAAAUGCUUUGAGUGUGGGAAAAGCUUCAGUCAGCUUUCAGGCCUAAUUUGCCACAGGAGAAUCCACACGGGAGAGAGGCCAUAUAAAUGCUUUGAUUGUGGGAAAAGCUUCAGUGCACCAUCAGCCCUUAUUGUACAUCAGAGAAUUCACACUGGAGAGAAACCUUAUAAAUGCUUGGACUGUGGGAAAAGUUUCAGUCAGAGCUCUGGUCUUACUAGCCAUGGGAAAAUUCACACAGGAGAGCAGCCAUAUAAAUGCCUUGAAUGUGGGAAAAGUUUCAGUGCACCAUCAGCCCUUAUUAUACAUCAGAAAACACACAUGGGAGAGGAAUCUUUAAAAUGUUUGGACUGUGGGAAAAGUUUCAGUCAGCGCUCAAGCCUUAUUAAACAUGGGAGAAUCCACAAGGGAGAGAAACCCUUUAAAUGUUUGGACUGCGGGAAAAGUUUCAGUGAGAGCUCAAGCCUAAUUAAGCAUGGGAGAAUCCACACGGGAGAGAAACCUUAUAAAUGCUUGGACUGUGGGAAAAGUUUCAGUCAGAGCUCUGGCCUUAUUAGCCAUGGGAAAAUCCACUCAGGACAGGGACCAUAUAAAUGCCUUGAGUGUGGGAAAAGUUUCAGUGCACCAUCAGCCCUUAUUAUUCAUCAGAGAACCCACACCGGGGAGAAACCUUAUAAAUGCUUGGAAUGUGGGAAAAGUUUUAGUCGGACCUCAGGCCUUAUUAGCCAUGAAAGAAUCCACACGGGAGAGAAACCCUUUAAAUGUUUGGACUGUGGGAACAGUUUCAGCCAGCACUCAAGCCUUAUUAAGCAUGGGAGAAUCCACACGGGAGAGAAACCCUUUAAAUGCUUGGACUGUGGGAACAGUUUCAGUCAGCGCUCAAGCCUUAUUAAGCAUGGGAGAAUCCACACGGGAGAGAAACCCUUUAAAUGCUUGGACUGUGGGAAAAGUUUCAAUCAGCGCUCAAGCCUUAUUAAGCACGGGAGAAUCCACACGAGAGAAACCCCAUAAAUACUUGGAUGAAGGGAAAAGUUUCAGUCCCAGCUCAUAACUUCAUAAACAUCUGAGAAUCCACAUGACACAGAAUCUAUAAAGCUUUAACUGUGGAAAAGUUUCAAUUGAAGAUCAAACCUUGCUUGACAUCAGACGGUCCACGCAAGAGAGAGAACCCAUAAAUGCUUGGAUUGUGGGAAAAGCUUCAAUAACUGCAGGAAAAGAUUCAGUCUGAGCUCACACAUUAUUCCCCAUCAGAUAGUUCACAAAAGAAAGAGCUUGAAUGUGGGGGAAGCUUCAUUUGGUGCUGACAAGGCAUUCAGCAUCAGCAAAUCCACACGGGGAAGAGCCUCUCAGAUGACCUCAGCAUGAAAAACGCUUCAGUUGGAGCUAACACCAUUUGGACAUCAGAGACUCCUGUACACUGGAGAGAAAUUGUCUCAGUGCCCUGAGUAGGGCUGGCCUCAGUAAAAGCUCCAUUUCCUAAUUCCCACACACAGCAGUGGCAUUUGGCUCCCAAGUUUCCAACUGCCCAUCUCUGGGGACAGGUUUCAGCAGCAGCUGGUCAGUGACCCUCUGGCUUUGCCUGGUCUAAGCAAACCCCAGGCAGAGGAGGAGAAGCCCCCAUCAGCCCCUCCACCCUGCUGCAGCCCUGGCUGCUGAACUGCUGGGCCUUCCUGCCUCCUGGUAACCUGCUGGGGGAAGGGAGAGAGAAACUGCCUGUGACACUACACCUCAUAUUCGUCAUAGUAACGUUACUAUGAUAUUAUUAUGGCAUAAUUAUGAUGCAUUUUGUACAAGAUGGGUCAUGUAAGGUGUCAUUGGAAAAGUUCUGAUUUGCUGAAUAUGAGGAUCCUAUUUGUAUGCAUGUAUCAUUUUGGUAUCUGAAGUUAUGAAUCGUGACUAUAGCCUUGUCUACACUGGCACUUUACAGCGCUGAAACUUUCUCACUCAGGGGUAUGAAAAAGCUCCCCCUUGAGCGAUUCAAGUUUCAGCACUCUUGUUAGCUACGCCCCUUGUGGGGUUGGUUUUUUUUUUUUAGAGUGCUGGGAAAGCCACGGCAGUGCUUUAACGUUGCUAGUGUAGACAAAGCCUAUGUAUCUUUAUUUCAAAUGUAGUUACUCCUGGGUGACACCCACUGAGCAAGAUUCUUCCAGCUGGUUGGGAAGGGCCUAUAUUAGGUAAUGGACCAUCAAGAGGAAACAAUAAGCCUUAGGAGAAUCUUAUCCCCAACCUGGUGAGCCUUCCUGAGAACACUCCAGACAGCCUAUGAAUAAUGGGUGCUAUGACUCAGCAAGGUAUGCAAGGGCAUAUGACCAGACCACAUGACACUAAUCUCUGUUUUGGGUACCUGUGUUUUUCCACAAACUGGUCUGGGAACCAAGUUUGAAAGAAAGGGUUUCUGCCAUAUGGAAAAGCUAUGCAAGGCAGGGAGUGACCUCAUUGGUGGGUGUUAACUCUCCCACUGCUGAACACCUGAAAGAAGCUCCAAAAGAAAAUGACUUGGAACAGGGGUAGGGAGCUCAAGCUGCAAAGCAAGUGCAGCUUAUGCUUUCAGCAUCUGUAAGCCUGAUUGUAUCAUCAGUCAGGAUGAAAAGUUGUUAAUUCAUAUCCAAACUUUCUAGUCUUUUAGGCUUAGUUUGAGGUUUUGUUUAUUUACUAGGUAAUCUGCUUUGUUCUGUUUAAUAUAAUUUAAAAUCACUUAACUUUGAUUUUUCUGUAGUUAAUAAUCUUGUUUUAUGUUUUCA